UUUUGAAACUUGGAAAAACAAUUUUUUAUAUAUUCAAAAUUCACCGUUUGUGCAGAAAAGGUUUAAGACCUUCAAAUACUCAGAGCUUGUUCUUAAUUUUGCACCCUCUCUUGGCAAUAACGCUUUGGGAAAUCGCAUAGUAAUUUCCCAAAAUAAAAACUAUCAGCUGGAUUAUUUCCCAAAACAUUACCGCCACUUACACAAUCAAUAGUGCACAAGCGCACAAUGACAAGAAAGAGCUGUCAUGCAACACUCAGCAAUACUAACAGGCGAAUAUAACAGCAAAGGGUAAACUAGAGAACAGAACGUGAAAUCAAAAAAUAGAAAAAUAUUUCAAAUCAACGCAUAAAAAAAUAGUAAAUUAUUAUUUUGCAGCGGAGCAGGUGUGUGGACGCAAUUGUGGGUGGCGAAAUAGUGCAACUCGAGGCUUAAUAGCAAUCGUAACAAAUUGGGGCUUGAAUUCUAAUUGUGUGGCUAUUCUUAUUUGAUUCCAUUGUGUUGUGCGUUGCAGCGGUGCUUGAGAACUGCGAAAAAGCGAAAAAUGGAUAUAUUGCGUAAAAUGUUCAAAAUGAACGAGAAGGACUCUGCAAAGCCGGAUGAAGCUGAGCGCAAGGACGAGGUAACUGCAAAGGACGAAUUUCGUAAGCCGCAGUGGUUCGAAGAAGCUGAAACGGAUGACGAACUCUUCGAUGAUAAUCGCAAAUUUGCUUUCCAAAUCUUUACAAAUCCUUUAGAAUUGCAGAAACACUUUGAGCGUCAAAUGCAGCAAAUCCUGGAGGCAGUGAGUGAAUUUGAAGGUGAUGAUGUUAAGAUUGACAAAGAUCUGAAGGAGGACUUUUUGAAGCCUGGCUUUGAAAACAUUGACAUAUUGAAGGAGUUUGAAAAGAAGAAAGGUGAAAUUAUGGAUACUGACUUGGAUGGAGAAAUUUACGCUGAUCAAUUGCAUUCGUUAAUGCAACGCUUAUCGCAGAAUGAAGAAUUGCCGAAUAUUUUGCCCCGCAACGACAACAAAGCUUUUCGUACUGCUAUAACUAAGCGGAAACUAACCGACGAGGAAAAAAUUUUGGGUAGAAUACAUGGUACUCUUGAUAAUGAUGAUGUUCCGAAGCAACCACGAAUGCCUGGUCCACGUCCGGAAAUGAUGACACCAAUGACACCCAUGAUUCCACGUGGGCCGACACCAUUUGGCGGAGGAGUUUUCGAGGGAACUUAUCAGGGGCCGAAAAUGUUCAGCCAAAGCGUCAUGUCGAAGACUAUACGAAAACCGGAUGGUAGUUAUGAGACUACAAAAAUCACCAAGGACUCUCAAGGCAAUACAACAACAACUAUAACACGCACCAUUGAAGGAAAAUCUGAAACGGUUACCGCUUACAACAACGCGUCUGGAUCCGGGACGAUUAUGCAAAAGGAGGGCAGCAGUACCAAAAUGGAAGAAUAUUCAGAUCGCAAUAUUUCUGUAACAAAAGAAGGUUACGCCGUACCACGGAACCUCUGGUGACCAGUGGUGCUUAUUGGCCGAAACCUUGUUGGCAACUUAUUACACGUCUAUAUUCAAAUUCAGAUAUACUAUGUACUAGUAACUAGAUCGUUAAGUGUUUGGUGUUUUAGAUGAAAUUCAUUUGAGGCUACAGAUAGCAGAUAGCAUUGCAAGAGCAGCAGCGGCAACAAAAGUGAUAGCAACAACACAGAUGACCGCAGCAUCCAAAACCACAACCGAAAUACAUACAGGAGCAGUAUGGUAACCGUAUACAGAUGAAUUUGGCAUUAAAAUUAGCCCAUCAAUUGAUGCAAAUUCGAUUUGCGAGCGAUUUGCAAAUCAUGUGCACAUUUGAAUGCUAAUCAUACUCAUCUACUAUCUCUGGUGUACAAUUCUAUACUGGUUCUGUACUGUUUUCAUGAAAUUUAUUUCGUAUAUCUUAAUGUUUUAAUUUGAUUACGAGCAUCUUCAUGGAGUGCAAGCAGAACUGUGUGAUUUAUUUCGGAACGCGCCUCUCCGCGUCAAACAAACAAAACCUACAUACCAUAUAUAUGUGAGGACACUAGGAUUAUAGUGUGAACGCUGGUGUCAGGGAGAGGGCAAGAAAUGGAGAAUUGUUUAUUUGUUAAAACGUUUUACGUUUAACAUAUAUAGGCACACACAUGAUGGCUUCAGGCCGAUGCACCUUCAUGUCGCGAGAGACUAAGAAAUUUAUGUGGAAUUUCGAGUGUUGCAUUAAAACUGAAAUAAGGAAGGAACCAAAGUGACACUAUAUAUGUUUAAUGACGGCGGGUGAAAAGGGGGCACUUGAGAGCGAUGAAUUUUACGCAAAAGUAUUUUUUUCUUUGAUUCUUUAGUUAGCACGAAUGAAUUCGUGAUAUGGAUUUUCCUAUGUGUGGCUGCUUUCUAGUAAAGAUUUUAUCCAAAUGAUUGUUUUUCAAAUGCGUCCAGUAUUUGUGAUACAACUAAUAUUGGGAUACUGCAGUACUGAGUUUCAAUGAAAUCCAUCUAAAGUGCAAGAACAAAGAAAAUUUUUGAAAAAUACAUACAUACAUAAAUAAAUACACUUAUACGCUAUGUAUAUCCUAAAUAUAAGUAAAUACAUGUUCAUUUUCAUUGGCGCAA